AUGGACGCCGCGACGCGCGACGACGACGCGCGACGCGCGGGCGCGACGACGACCGCGAUCGACGGCGACGACGACGACGACGGGACGCGCGCGACGACGACGACGACGACGACGACGACGACGACGGCGGCGACGACGGCGGUGAAGACGCCGACGGGACGGGACGACGGCGACGAUGGGUUUUGCCCGGCGUGGACGCGCCGCGGACGCGGGACGAUCGCGAGCGCGGCGUGGCGACGACCGGCGCUGGCGGCGUGCUCGCUGGAGGAUUUCACGUUUGAUUUGAUGCGGUUUCAUCAGGAGCGAGGACGGGAUUGGGAGCAGUGCUGGGCGAAUUUGGAUCGAGUCGUCGGGCGCACGGGUGCGCCGCUGGAUUGCUUGCACCUGUACCGACAGGUGUGCUCGCUGGGGGGGUUCGCGUCGAGGACGAGCGCGAAGGAGCGAAUCAAGGCGGCGGAGAUUUUCAGAAACAUGUUUAAUCACUACGAAAAUCACACGAUGACGGAUUGCGGGAAUCGCAUGCUGACGGCGUAUGAGAAUUAUUUUUUGGAGUACGAGGCGGCGCACGAGGAGGAUUUGACGCGCGGGACGUGCGGGAACUGCGGGGGGGGGAUUCAAACGUCCAUCGGAACGGUGGCGGAUUUGCUGCACGAGUGCGUCGGGUGCGAAAGAAUGUUUCACGGACGGUGCCAACCGCCCGAGGUGUUUCCUCCGAUCCACGGGGAGGGCAAGAACGCGGGGUGUUCGACGCGCAUCGUGUGCUUUGAAUGCCGGGCAGGCGGCGCGUACGCCGCCUCGACCAAGUUGCUGCGCGACGAACGAGAGGACGCGGAUUCGUACCAAACGCGAUUGUACGAAUGCGUCGCGCGACGCGGUCGCCGGUAUAAGAGCAGCUACGUGCGACCGACGCGAGCGAUGGACGAAGGCGCGAAGCCGCCGUCGCCGACGGGCAACGAUCCAGACGAUGGUAGUAAAAUGGAUGACUGA